AUAUAAUAUAGCCGUUUUUACUGGAAUCGACCUUAACAUGUAUAUUAUUAUGGGUCAUUUUAGUUUGCGAACAUUGCAUCGGCCUGAACAAGGUUAUGACAAUAAUAGGUUUGUGCUAUGUGUUUGUUUAGUUUAUUGCAAAAUGGCUUCAAGUGCUGUGCGUUUUACUUCUGCUGCAGAAAAGCAGCUGAAUAAAGUCCGAAAGCGUCAAAUAAACGAUACCGAAUGGAAAUAUAUUAAAAGAAAAAGCUUGAGGGACAGUGGACAGCCAUAUAUAAGUAAAAGAAAUGUUGCCGUUCCUGGAAAAAUCGCUGUUGAUGAUGUACGCGUUUGUCGCUGUAAAUAUGAAUGCCAAAAUAUUACUUUGGCGAAUAAACAAAAGGCAUUUAAAGAUUUUUAUAAUUUAAACUAUGACAAUCAGACAAGAAUGCUUGCGCAACAGUGUAUGGAUAUUGUUAAUAUUAAACGAAGGUAUGUGGAUUUAAAAAUUAUACCAAGGCGCCUACAAAAGCUGCAAGAAAAAUUAAAAUUUAACGAGCCACUGGAAGAUAAAAGAGGAAGACAUUUAAACAGGCCUACAGCUAUACCAGACACUAUUAAGGAUUUAAUUAAAGCACAUAUUGAGAGUUUUUCUAAACAAGAAAGUCACUAUGCAAGAGGUCGGACCGAAAAAUUGUGCCUUAGUCCCGAUUUAACGUUAAAGCAGAUGUUUAUUUUGUUUAAGGGCAAACAUCCAGUAGUUAAAUGCAGCGAGAAGCUAUACAGGGAUAUAUUCAGGUCUGAUUUCAAUUUAAGAUUCGGUACACCAAGGUCUGAUACUUGCCAGUAUUGUGAUAAAUUCUAUGUUAAACUUAUUGAAGUACGAUCGGAAGAAGAAAAAAAUAAUAUCUCUCGUGAAAGUGAAAUCCACCACAGGCGAGCAGAAAAAGGAUAUUCUGCACUGAGUGAUGACAUUAAAUUAGCAAAAGAAAAUAAAAAUACAAUAGUAUUAUGUACUGAUCUGCAGCAGGUUCUUUUCUGUCCGACUUUAAAGCACUCUUCCGUCUUUUAUCAAAGACAGUACUCCUGCUAUAAUCAAGCCGUUCACAAUAUGGGCACAAAUGAUGUGUUUUGGGCAUGAAAGCGUAGCGAAAAGAGGGUCCGCUGAAAUAGCAUCGUGUUUACUUAAAUAUGUUUCGACACAUUUUAAACCUAUGGAAAAUAUUGCGACAGACAGAAAACUUAUUGUUUGGUCGGACAGAUGCGUCGGGCAAAAUAAUAACUGGAGAAUGAUAUCUCUUUAUCAGUAUCUUGUUACUAUGAAGUACUUCUCAUUUGUUGAACAGAAAUUUUUAACAAGUGGUCAGAGCUUUUUACCUUGCGAUUGUGACUUUGCAUUGAUAGAAAGAAAGAAAAAAACGGCUUCUGUUUAUCAUCCUCAGCAGUGGAUAGAAGUUAUAGCAAAUGCACGAACUUCGAAGCCUUUUCUUGUGUACAGUAUGGAAAAUAAUGACUUUAAGGAUCUUUCUCUGAUUGAAUCGUCACUGAAAAAGGAUUCAGCAUUUAAAAUAACCGAGGUCGUUUGGCUCCAAAUCACAAAUAUGACCCCACAACCAUACGUGCAAGAGUGUCUUACAAUAUCUUGCAAACAUGGGCAACUUAUUCUAUGUCAAAAAAAUGAGGGGUGUUCGAAAUAGAUGCCUUCCUUCAGUGAGAAUAGAGCUCGAGACACUCCCAAACUUAUACAAUACUGUUCUUCCUAUCAAAAAAGAGAAAAAGGAAAAUUUGUUGUGCAAAUUUAUUCCAUUGGAAUACAGGGAAUUUUACAAUAAUUUGCUAAGUGACCAUUAAAAUGUAAUGGCUUAUUUUAUGCUUAAAUGUAAUGAGUUAAUUAAAUUUAAUAUAAAAAAUCUAAAAAAUGUUAUGUUUACUUACUUCUCAUCAUCUUUGAGACUCACACACAUACAUGCUUACACCACAUAUCCACACACCCACAUACACCCAUCUACACAUACACCUGAACCCACAUGCAUUUACACUUGAACAAAGUUGUAACCAGCCUGUUACAACCUUGUUCUAUGAUAUUACAACCUUGUUCUGCUAAACGGCUAUUAUUCUCUUUAUUUCACCACUGUUACGAAUCAAAUUAAUUAUUUUUGUCCAAAUAGUGAAUUAAUAUACAUCAAUA